GGAAAUCAUCAAACAACCUCUUGUUAUGGGUCCUCACUCCCUAGAGUACUGUCUGAAACCCGAAAUACUCAGCAAUUGAAAGCCAUAUCAUUCUCCAUCUCCCUCAACCUCUCUAGCUGCCAUGACUGUAGUGAUUGGAUUUGAGGGCAGUGCCAACAAGAUUGGUGUGGGCAUUGUGAGGGAUGGGGAAGUACUCUCAAACCCCAGACGCACCUAUAUCACACCCCCUGGUCAAGGGUUCCUGCCUAGUGAGACAGCCAGACAUCACCGCAGCAUCAUCCUAACAGUUCUGAAGGAGGCGCUGGAGGAGGCAGGGCUGAAGCCUGCUGACAUUGAUUGCGUGGCAUACACAAAGGGACCAGGGAUGGGUGCCCCCUUGGUGACGGUGGCUCUGGUGGCGCGCACAGUCGCCCAGCUGUGGGGGAAGCCUCUCCUGGGUGUCAACCACUGUAUUGGCCACAUUGAGAUGGGCCGCCUCAUCACUCAAGCCAAUAACCCCACUGUGCUCUAUGUCAGUGGGGGUAACACACAGGUGAUUGCAUACUCUGAGCGGCGCUACAGGAUAUUUGGUGAGACCAUCGACAUUGCAGUGGGCAACUGCCUGGACAGGUUUGCCAGGGUGAUAAAGAUUUCCAAUGAUCCCAGCCCUGGGUAUAACAUUGAGCAGAUGGCCAAAAAGGGUACACAGUAUGUGGAGCUUCCAUACACAGUGAAGGGGAUGGACGUGUCAUUCUCUGGGAUUUUAUCCUAUAUCGAGGAAGCAGCUGGGAAGAUGUUGAAAUAUAAUCAGUGUACAGCAGAAGACCUGUGCUUCUCCCUACAGGAGACCCUGUUUUCCAUGCUGGUGGAGAUCACAGAGAGGGCCAUGGCUCACUGCAGCUCCCAGGAAGUGCUCAUCGUUGGAGGCGUUGGCUGUAAUCUGCGUCUGCAGGAGAUGAUGGAGGUCAUGUGCAAGGAGAGAGGUGCGAAGCUCUUUGCUACAGAUGAGAGCUUUUGUAUCGAUAAUGGAGCAAUGAUUGCACAGGCUGGCUGGGAGAUGUUCCGGUCUGGUCAGACGACUGAGCUGUCAGACUCAUGGAUCACUCAAAGGUACAGAACAGAUGAAGUGGAGGUGACCUGGAGAGAUUGACAGCUCAUUACCCAACAGGCUGCAACUUGCACCCACCCUCCCUUUACCUGGAUUGUAUGCAUUGUGUCAUGAUGGAGGGAAAGAAUGUAGAAAUAUGCUUUGCCUCACUUCUAUUGUUGAGAACCCCUCAACAUAAUCGUUUUUAGCCACGCGCAUUAUGAUUUUAGGUCUAGAUUCAAUCCGGACCGCAGAAGAUCUGCGCUAUAGCGCGAUUUAAAUGGAAAGGCAAUGUUCCCGCGUUUGCAGAGACUGCAUUCAGGGUAAACGCUGCAUAUGUCGGCUCAGUCGGAAAUUACAUUUACAUUUCAGCUCUUCCACGGUCCAGAUUGAAUCUAGCCCUAAAUUGCAUUUGGUAAAAACACCUUUGUAUUUCAAUUUGUUUUGACUUUCACUAGCGCUGGAUUCAAUCCGUAUCGCGGAAGAUCUGCAUUAAAAUAAUAGUAAUUUACGAUUAUGCAGCAUUUACCGCGAAUGCAGGAACUAUGCCUUUAAAUUUCAAUCGAUCUAUAAUGCGGAUCUUCCUCGAUACUUCUGCAAUAUGGAUUUAAUCCAGCCCCUAGUCUACAAUAUAGCCACGUUUAUACCUGGUGUUAACAUGUGUCCUGAUCUUGUCCACAUUCUGAUUUUGCCCAAAUUUUUUGACAAGUGUAGACGAUUAAAAGAAGUGAUUGUAAUCAGAUCUUCCAGACCACCUCUGGAGAUAAUCGGUGAUGCGUUGUAAUGUAGCUAGAUUUCUUACAACUGUAAACAGAUCUGGAUGAUCAAACCAUUUAAAUUGUCCCUUCUAAAAUCAUUGACAGGUGGCACCAUUGACUCGAGGCAAUACGUUAAAUAAAAAUUAGCAUUACACUGAAAUAUAAAUUUUUUGAGAAAGGGGAUUGGCAAGAUUAGAAUUUGUGACAUUCUGGUCCCUAUCCCAGUGCCUAGUCCACUGCACAAGCAGAGGUGAGGGCACUAUGGCUGUUUUUUUCACAUAUUUAAAGCUGUUCAUGCAGAAAGUUAGUUUAGAACGUUCGAUAAAUUUGGAAAUCGAAAGUGGCAACGGAUUCCAACUGGCAACCUCUACCCCCCUCAAGGCCUUUUUUUUUCUCUUCUCACCUGUAACUCCGCCCACUGACAUGUCACUAUGCUUCGCCAACUGAGCAUUUAUCUAACCAAUCAAUUCUUUUUGGGCUUUAUUCAGUCCGUAUCACAGAAAUUCAGUGCUAUAGCACCAUAGAAACUGAAAGGCAAUGUUCUUGCGUCAGCGGAGACUACGUUCACCAUAAACGCUCCAUGUCAGCUCAAUUGGAAAUAACCGUUACAUUUCAAUCGUGCUAUAAUGCUGAACUUCGGGGACACGGAAUGAAUAGAGCCCUUAAUUUACUUCAAAAAAGGUAAAUUAAUUAUUUUAAACUUGUCCGUUUUAACAAAGCUAAUAAUGCUGUGGGUUUUAUGUAUGUGAAAAUAUGAUAAAAGAAACGAUGAAGUAAGA